UCGCCAUCUUGUUAUUGUAGAGUAGAGUUGCAGAAGGAGGCGUGAACCGCUGAAUAAUGUCUGCUGCUCCUGGCAUUGACCAGUUGAUGUCUUAAGGCAGCUGGAUCACUCAGUAGCACUGCUUUCCGUGUCCUCAUCUUGCUCCCAAGUUGCUACUCUCUUCAGUAACGGGGUAAUCAAGUCUUCCCCAGAGGGCUAUUUUCGGACCUGUUUAUCGCCGUUUAGGAGUUGCUCUUAUUUCAGGUAGCAAUGGCUGCAGUUAGCAGUGAGCAGCAACUUCGCUUCCGUUGGAAUGAUCACAUGCAACAUGUGUCUAAGGUCCUUAUACUGCAGAGAUUAGAGGAACAGUUUUGUGAUGUGACAUUGGUUUCUGAAGAUGGUUUUGUUAUGAAAGCCCAUCAGGCUAUCCUGGCAUCCACCUCGGCAUAUUUUCAGCGGGUUCUUUCAGAAGUGACAUCGGAUCAGUAUCCAAUGAUAGUGCUGCGAGGAGCUAAUUUCCGUGAAGUUAGUUGUUUACUGGACUACAUGUACCAGGGAAAUACACAGGUGGAUCACAGCUUAAUGGAGAGAGUAUUGGAAGUAGCAGAUAUGUUAGAAGUGAAAGGUUUAUCAAGAAUACGGUCCAAUAUCUCUAUAAAAAAGUUCAUGGGUCCUGCUGCAUCUCCAGAUAACUCGAAUGCUCCCUCAUUAAAUAUGCCUUGCACAGAUAACCCAAGAGGAAGCUCUAGAUCCCCUGAGGAACAGUUCUACUGUGGAAACCAAACUGAUAACAGAACCACAGAUACAGAAAGUGCAGAAAUGAGGUUAACAAGUAAUACGUGUGAGAUCAGGAGUGCUAGAGAAACCCCACACCUACCAGGAGAUGGACCACAUAUAACACAUACACAGCCUCAGCCACAUAACUCUCAUCAUGAAGCAGAACCUCAGGACGAUGAUGACGUAACUCAGACAUCUGGCAUUGAUCUGUCAAUGGCUAAAAAUGAGCCGUGGUCACCAAGGGAGGGGGAGGCUUUAGCUGCUCAAAAAGAAGACACUGAUGGUGAUGAAUCUUCUUCAAAGAAGAGAAAGCACCAGCAAGAAAGCCUGUGUUCUGAGGAGACCCUUGAUCCCGUUUCUGAUCCUGACUGGGGACGUAUAGGAACCAAGUUGGAAGAAAGAAAACGACAUAAACCACGGACCAUCAGUCUCACCUCCAUCACCACAACAGAUAAUGACCUGCAUCUCCUUCGACACAAAAGCCCACCCUCGAAGAAUGAAGAUGCAGCGUCAUUAGUUCUUCCUUUGGUGGAAAAAACCCUGGAGGUUCCGUGUGAAGAUGGCCCAUUGACAAUCAGUCUAACCACAGGACAGGAUCUUGACGGAUGGCGAAGCAUAGUAAAGCGAAAACCUCUUUUCUGUACAUCUUUGCCAUUAAAAAGAGCAAAACGUAAAUUCAAAGCCAGGCGAACAUUAGACGAAGGUAGAAAAAAGUGGCUGGCAAAAGAGAGGAGGUCACUGUUUGGCUCAGAUUCUAAUGAGAGACCAAUAACAAGGGCAUUAGAAAGACUGAAGAAAAAGACAGUUGCUUCCGUUUUGGAAUCGAUGGAAAAAGUUAGUGUGAACUGUGACCCUCCUUUUCCAACUGAUGAGGAUACUGCAAAAAGUAAUAGAAAUAAGGAAAAUAUUUUGUCUCCUAAAUCUACACCAGAAGAAAAUACCAAAGUACAAAUGGCUAUCAAAUCGGUUACUAAUGAAAAUAAAGACUCAGAUGUGUGGGAACUUUCAGAAAAAAGAAUACCAGAAGAUAAAUUUGAGGAAUCUUCAGAUGAUGUGAAGUUUCCGGCAAUUAACCCACUGUCUCUGUUUACCUUGCCUCCAGUAAAGGAGAGAGAGAAACAAACACGAACAACCCUUACUCUGGAGGAAAAGGUGAAAGUCAUUGAAGCCUUUUUGGAUGGAAAGUCACAAAGGCAGAUUGCUCACCUUUAUGGAAUUGGAAAGACUCAAGUUAGUGGCAUAAUUAAAAGGAGAGAGGAGAUACUUACAAUUUACCGAGAUAGUCUUCUACGGGGAGAAAAGCUCACCAUGAAAAGACAAAGGAAGAGUGAAUAUGCUUUACUUAAUCAGCAUCUCAUACAAUGGUAUCGACACAUGACAGUUGUAGCUGGUGUCAAAAUCACCACUGGGAUGUUGCGAGCCAAGGCACUCCAGAUCGCUCCUGAACUUGGAUACCAUGAUUUUAAAGCAUCUAAUGGGUGGCUUGCUACUUUUAAAUCAAAUAAUAAUUUAAAAUUUUCAAAACAAAGAAAAGCUGAACCGUACAGUGAUCAAGUUAGUUCACAACAUGAUGAUAAUCACAGAGAUGACGACGAAUCCUUCUUCGAAGAUGGUGAAACUGAUAACUCAUCUAGUCAUAUGCCACUUAUAAAGCAUAUAGCAGGGCCAAGCAACAUUGCAACUGGAGCUUCAAAUGAAGAUGGCAGCAACUCUGAUAUAAGUAUCAACAGAGGCUCUCAAAAUGGUGACUCUUCUUCAAUAAACCCAAGUGACCAAGGAAGUUCAUUAAUUCAUCCUGGUCUUUCUUCAGCAGGAAUACCAAAACCCCCUCAAAUGGUAAAUGCAUCUCUUGGGGCAAAUUUGACUGCAGCUGCUGCUUACAACUUGUCCCGUGACUUGACCCGAGAUCUGUCUAGGGGUGAUCCAACAGGGGUAGGUGAUAUUUCCUCAGCAACUAUGAAUUCCAGUCCGCUAAACCACCCAGUCUCUGCCCUUAAUGUCAGUAGAGCAGUUAUUGACAACCCACUAAGUAAACCCUCUGAUUCAGCCCUAGCCACAUACAAGUCGGAAGAACCAUUAACUUAUGGCUAUGAUCCACAGAAUCGUAUGAAUGAUGCCAGUAGCCGUGGAGCAGAGUACAAUUAUACUCCAUAUGGCUUUCCAGGUGGCUACUAUGGCUAUCAUUUUCUUGGUCAAUAUUAAAAUUGCAAUUGCUUUUCAUGUAUGUGUGUAUAUAUACCAGAUUGCUUCACAUAUAUCGUGCGCAGUCAAGUUGAAAAUUAUAUGUAUACCUUAUUGCUUUCCUCAAAGAUUGAAUUAUCAGUCAGAUGCCAUGUUGAGAAAGCAUUUACUUUUACCCUUAUCAUCACUUGACAUGUUGCAUGCAACUGUAAUUUGCCUGGUGCUUAAUUUGAACCAACUAAGUCGCCAGACCUGUAUAAUAAUCAGGUAAUCACUCACACGGACAACAACAUCUUCAGCUUCUAGUCUGAGCCAUACAAAAAAAAAAAAAUACUUCGUUUCAAGUGGAACCCAAACCCAUAACCAAGAAACAUUCAGCUGCCUGAGAACAUGUGAGUAGGACAGCUUGGAUGGAAGACAUAUGCUCUGAGAUGGCUCAUGGUGGGUGACCAUGUGCACCUGGAUGCAUCAUGGUGGGUGACCACGUGCACCGGGAUGCAUCAUGGUGGACGACCACGUGCAUCAUGGUGGUUGACCACGUGCACCGGGAUGCAUCAUGGUGGGUGACCACGUGCACCGGGAUGCAUCAUGGUGGACGACCACGUGCAUCAUGGUGGUUGACCACGUGCACCGGGAUGCAUCAUGGUGGUUGACCACGUGCACCGGGAUACAUCGUGGUGGGCUGGUGCGUGCAUUCAGGUGUGUCAUGAUAGGAUAGAAGAGUUGAACAACUUAAGAAACUGGUUAAAGGUAAAUCACAGGUAAAAUAUUGGAAUCUAUUGUACUUGUGAACUUUAAUGUUCUGUGUAACAUUAUCUUUACUGCUAUAAUAGAUAUGAUUAUAUAUAUAUAUA